AUGGCCCCACCAAAGAAAUCAAAAGUCACAGACAUCAUAAUAUUAAAAUUCAAAAGAGGUAAAACAACAAUCACCCUCCCCAUAUCAACCAUAUCCCUAGACUCUAUAAAACAAGAACUCACAUCGGCAAUCAAUAGUACAGGCGGAGUACAACCCAUCAAAGAAGAAGAAGAAGCACAAGAGAACUUUGAUGACGAAGAUGCUAUUCCUGUUCCAAAAUCGGAAUAUUUAGAUGAUGAUGUCGAACAACAGACUGAAUCGGACGUGGUGUCGGUAUCCCCCGAUCAGAUACGAAUUGGUAUUCCCAAAGAUCCCACAUCUCCAUAUGAUAACCAAUGGACAGAAAUAGAUUCGGAUGAGAUAUUGUCAGAUAUAAUUUUUAAAGAUUAUGAUAUUUUGGCAUUUGAAUAUUUGGAAAAUCAACCAUUUGAAAUAGUUGAAGCUGCAUAUGAUGAUGAUACUAAUCAAUAA